CAGAGUCCAGAGCAGUUAAGGCUCAAACCUCUGCUUCACUGCAGUCGGACUGGAGGAUCCUCUGGGCUGAGCUGAUGCUAAAGGCUUUUUACAACCAGGAGGCGGAUCUGUGUUUUGUCUCCAUCCAUGGGUGACUGGUCUUACCUGUCCUCUCUGCUGGAUAAAGUCCAGUCCCACUCUACGGUGGUGGGUAAGAUCUGGAUGAGCGUCCUGCUGCUGUUCCGGAUCUUCGUCCUGGGCGCCGCUGCGGACAAAGUGUGGGGAGAUGAAACGUCUGAGUUCUACUGCGACAGCUUGGAGCCUGGAUGUCAACACGCCUGCUACAACUGGAUGUUCCCCAUGUCGUACGUUCAUUACUGGGUCUUUCAAAUCACCUUUGUGUCGACGCCGACGCUGCUCUACCUGGGCCACGCCGUCCACGUGCUCCAUAAGGAGAAGAGGGCCACGGAGCGUGUGCAGAACGCAGACCUGAAACCGCCCACGUACAGCGACGGCAGGGGGAAGCUGAGGAUCAAAGGCGUGCUCUUCUGCACAUACAUGACCCAGCUGGUCUGCAAGAUCAUCCUGGAGGUUGCGUUCUGCGUGGGCCAGUUGUACGUCUUCGGCCCCAUCUUCGUGGUGUCCAUCUUCCACUGUACCGUGUCUCCGCCUUGCGCUCGCUUCAGCGGCGCUCAGUGUUACGUGUCCCGUCCCACAGAGAAGACGGUCUUUAUUCUUUUCAUGCUUGUAGUUUCCGGGGUUUCAGUCCUUCUGAACAUCACUGAGAUCAUCUACCUCAUAUGUAGAAGGAGGAGAGACGGCAGGAAGAAGCUCCUGUCACAGCAGCAUGUGUUGAGCUCCCAGACCCCCCCCUCUGACCCCGCAUGGAGGACUAGGACCCCCCAGUAUGGACACAUACCCCUGUCAGCCCUGCCCAAAACCAGCCCCACAGCCCCCAGCACACUCUCAAAAGUAGAGGUACCAGCUUGUACUUAAAAGGGUACCAAUGCUUGUCGCUGGGGGUGUACUUUGUUGACCCUUUGGAAAUGGUCCAUUUUUGUACCUUAAGUACUUUACAUAGAAAGAAAACUCUUGUUUAGUUGAUAAUGCUGUGAUGCUUAAAGUUUGAACCGGUGGACUAAUUGAGAAAAAAAAAAACCCCCAAAAAAACUACAUAGGCAAGCUACGACAUCAAGACAUGGAGGUGUGAAUGAAAA